AUGGCUUCCAGCCGCUUCCCUGCAGCCACAGACCAGUGGGAGAAGACGUCCAUGCCCGUGUGCUAUCCAGAGAGGAACACUGGCAAGUGGCGUUUGUUCCUCAACUUCACAAAGCGGAAGGGAGACAAGGCGAAAAGACAGCAGAGUUCACGGUUUGCUUCUCGAGAGGCAGCGCUUGCCGGCGUCUUGGACCUCAGGGCAGGCUGGGAGUACAGCCAUCGCGGCAAGCUCUACAAGCGAAAAUCGCGCGACAGCCUCGGCAAGCUAAACGCCGUGGAGGAAAGGAAUUUCAAGCGACAGCGGCUGGCCGGUUCGGACGCGACCCGCGCAGGCUUCACGCCAGAGUCGACGCUUUCCAGGCGCGAAAGGCGUUCGAUCGAGAGCAACGAGCAGCACAUUCGGCGUAUUGAGGAUGCUAUGGCGGAGCAAGACCUCGCGAGUCUUCUCGCCCCUCUCCCCCCCUCGCCCAUCGAAGGAAAUGCAGAGGUGGACGCACGGGCGUGUACCGAGGGCGAGGACAACCAGUACAAGGAGGAAGUGUCCGCCACCCAAGCAAACCGCUUGUGGUAUCAAGGGCACUCGGCGUUGACGGUGUUGAAGGAGGAGCGGAAGCGCGACCUGCGGCAACUGCAACUCACGCAGCAGGCGAAGAGCUUGUCCGAUGAGUCGUACACGACGAUCCCAGCGGUGAAGGCAGCAGAGGCCAAACGGUUUGAGCUGUUGAACGAGGCCUCGCGUCUUCGACACGAGUCGUCGCUCUUGCGGAUCGCGGCGAGAGUAAACUCCGCUGGCUCACGGGUUUACGCGGCAUCGACAAUCCUGGGGUGGCUCAGGGACUUUCGGGGGCACGGUGGUUCCAAGCGAGAUUCGAGGGGGGUGCACGAGAGGGACUGGAUCAUGUCAGAAGAGGACCUCAAGGAUGAGCUCGUCAUGUGGAUGAGGACACAGAAGCGGCUUACGGUCAAGGACGUCCAGAACUACAUCAACCAGUGGCUCUUCGCGAACGAGAUCGGGGAUUUGUCCAGACUCCUUUCGUACCAGGUGAACCUUCCCGUGUCCAUGGCCACAACCCACUCCUGGAUGAUCGCGCUGGGGUGCAAGUACGAGCGGGCUACGAAGUCUUUUUACACGGACGGCCACGAGAAGAAGGACGUGGUGGUGUACCGCGGCAAGUACAUCGAUGUCAAGCGGAAGCUCGCCCUUCGGCAACCGUUGUGGGUGCGAGUUCAACGAGACACUCUGACGCCGGAGGAGCUUCAGCGGCUUGACGGCAUCAAAGGUCCGGCAAAGGAUUUCUGCGCAGAGGUUUACGAUUGCGUGGUAGAGGGGCGCGAGUGCAUCGAGUUCCACGUCGAUCUCCUGCGGGACAACGGCUCCGUCGAUCGAUUCGACGAUCUCCGUGCUGAACUUGGACCGGAAGGGGGGCACUUCAGCGUCCGCUUCGAAGAAGCUGCUGCUCUUCCAUGCGAGCAUUUUCACACCCCGGUCAAGUGCAAAUGCAACAGGAAGCGGGAGGAUGGAUGGCAUAUGGGGAACAUGAAUGUCAACUACGGGGGGAAGCAGAAGGUGUUGCGGGAUACAGUCAUGACAGAGGGGUGUUUGGGACCGGAAGAGGCGAAGAUGUACCUCUCCAACGGCAAGUGGAGCACGGAGUUCACCGAGGGGGCAGAGGUCUACGACAUGAAGCUCAAGGUUGGCGACACACAGACCAGCACGUUUGCGGCAGGUUCUCCAUCUCCCUUUUUCGAGUGGGAUGCGCCACGCAAAGAUGUGACGGUCGCGCGCAAGGCUAAGCGCACGAGCAAAGCGGGAGUGGGGGUUGGCGCAGGCGAUGAAGGGGCGGCUGAUGAGGCUGGAACAAAGCCUAGGGAUAAGAUUAAGGAAGGGGGACACAUACUUUUGUUGUCUCCGAAGUGUCACCCAGAGGUAGCGGGGGUAGGGAUCGAGUACUCGUGGGGGUUUUCCAAGCAGAGGUUUCGGCGGAAGUACAACGACGAAGUCCCGAAGCACUUGCACGCCAACAUCGAAAAAUCGAUGUGCAGGGAAAAACAUUUGACGAUCGGUCGGGUGCGACGCUUCGCCCGGCGUAAACGAGACUACUGCCGAGCUUACCGCGAAAAACAGCUCGGUGCGGUAGACGGCCAGGGUCUACAGCUGGUCGAGAAAAUGCGCGACACCCAAAAGGCUCACCGCAACAUACUGGACAUGGAGCCCGGUUUCCUUGGCAAGCAGUGACCUUGGCCGGCCGGCCGUAAGGGGGGGGGGUACAUUGUACUGUAGAGAGUGACAUAUACAUGUUGAAGAUUGGAUAGUGGAAUAUUUUAUGCAGCGUGGGUGUUGUUGUUGGCUUCGUAUUACAGGUUAAGCAUAGGUGUGGUUGUGUGCAAAAUAUCGUGCGGUGAUGCCGUAAAAGUCUUUUUUUUUUUUCCGGUCGAGUUGAGACAUAUUUGUUUGAGUUAGUGCACGCGCAUGUUGGCGUCGUGAGCUUUUAAUACAUGUUUCAAAUCAUCACGCCCAGAAGGUGC